AUGCACCGGCCCUCGCUGCCGUUCUUCGUGGUGGCCGUCGUGAUACUCGGGCUGGCGGCAUCUCCGGCGCGGGCGCAGGAUUGCGCGAACCCGCUGGCGGAUAACCUCGACCGGACGUCCAGCGCCACCAUCACCCGGCCCCUCCUCGCACAGCGCUUCCAAGUCGUCAACCAGAGCGUGAUCACCGGGUUCUACGCUCCGCUCUCCGGACCCAGAGGCGUCGACUCGGCGCGGCUCUACGCCGACAGCGCAGGCGCACCCAGCGCCACCGCCGUGCCCAACGCCACGCUGGACGUCACCUCCGAGAUCGUCGGCUUCACGGCGACGCCGACCGCUACUGCCGAUGGCUUGGUGCUGGGGCCGGGACUCUACUGGCUCGUGGUCGAUGCCGGGUCCACGGCGCACUGGGAGCGCCUGGCCGUGGACUCGACUCCCGCGGGAUCUGCGCGGGUGGUGCUGCUGGGCCUGGCCUACCGGGCCAACCCCAACCAGGCGUGGGUGGUUGACGCCGGCAACAGCUUCAAGCUGACGGUCAGCGGCUGCGCGCCGGACCAGUCCAACACCUCAACGCCGUCGCCGUCGCCGUCGCCCGGCAUUAAGCCGCCGGGGCUGCAGGUGGUCAACGUGACGUCGAGCUUCGAGGCCGACGCCGCCAGCUUCAACCUCACCGCCACCAUUCGCGGGAAUGACACGACGUCAGGCAGCGAAGAGGAGGCGGUUCUGACUCUGCGCGCCGAGCUGGAAGGCAUCCAAGUGGGCGAUAUCACGGUUCCGGCCUCGUCGUUGACCGGCUUCCAGCGAACGCAGCUGAACGAGUCCAGCGGAGACGCCGACGCUCGGACUACCUUUGCCUACGUGGCCAACGCCGACGCGACGGCGAUCGAACAGGAGUUCUCGUUCCACCGGAGGCCGGAGCGAGGCAACUUCUUCGGUCGCUCGUUCGGCAUCGCGCCCCACAGCUUCAAGUGGUCGCUCCGCCUUUCCUCCAUCAAUUCCUCGCAUUCCUCAUCGUCGUCGGCCGUCGAGCACACGACGCGCGGCGUGCCCGAGGCCAACAUGACCACCUACUACAUCCCGCUGCGCAUUCGCUCCUUGUCGUCGUCGUCGCGAGCCUCGUCGCGCGCAGUGGCCAAGGUGGAGGUGUUCGACGUCGUGCUCCUGGCCGACGCCGACUAUAGCCUGAGCCUGGCGCCGAUCGAGCACUCGCUCAGCUAUCGCUCGGCGUCGGGACCCGACGGAGUCGACGUGGCCGAGUUCGUGCUGGAGCUCCGAUUCCCGCCCUUCAACGGCUCGCUGGCCUACGACCCUAGCCUGGGCAUCGACGUGCUGCUCGGCUCCGACGAUGGUGAUGGCGGCGACGGUGGCAGCAGCGGAGGCAGCGAUAUGGCGCUGGUGAUCGGGGUCGCUGUGGCGCUGCCCAUCGCGGCUGUGUUGGUGGUGCUGGCGAUCAGCGCGGGCGUGGCAAUCGGCUGGUGGCUGAGGAAGCGGGAGACGACCAAGAGUGUCGCCAGAGGCGACUCGGUCAACUUCCACUACCUCGACUCCUCCGAGUUGUGA